CAUUUCUCCAAUGGCCCAGAAGCUGCAUCAUGAAUGUACUCGCGUUCCAAUAACGGCUUUAGCCGAAUGCGGACCGCUGCUUAUUGUCGCUGAAGGACCAUACUUGCGCUUCUAUGAUCGCCAGCAGAACAUAUUGAUCUCAUCAGAACGACUCUUUGAGGCUCAAGCUAUACAUGGAGUUCGCGAACUCUCAAGUUCAGCUGAUCAUGUUCAUCUCGUUAUCUGGGGAGGACUACUACUCCGCACGCUGUUACUUGAUACCUCCUACGACGAGCAUGAUGGCUGGUUGCCGCUGAAUGCGAGGUGUUCCGACGUUGCAAGAGCGCCAGACUGGAUUCUGGACCUGCAAUCAGCACCCAAAUCGCCAGGCAAUGACAUUCCAGAACGAUGCGUGGCGGUGACAGCGCAUAAUGCGCUCCUCGACAUAACACAGGAACUUGGAGUCCAAUACCCACGUGUCGAAUCUCUUGGCCCUAUUUCAGUGAGCGAGCUCACUUCGAGCUCGCGAUCGAUCCUCUACUCUGCUCACUUGCUAUGGGAGUCGGAUGACUGUAUUCUCGUUGCGGCAGGGACCGCCUUUGGGGAAAUCAUCUACUGGUCGUGGAACCAGUCCCGCCCAGAUGAAAACAGAUCUCGUAUUCAUCAUGUAUUUCUCGGCCACGAGGGAUCAAUCUUUGGGGUACAGAUAUCGCAUGUGCUUUGUAUCAACGGCCAGAAGUCAAGACGGCUUCUUGCUAGCUGCAGUGAUGACCGUACGAUACGCAUCUGGGAUGUCAGUCGAGUCACUGCAGAAGAAGGUAGUGAUUCUCACGUUAUUGACACAGAUUCGCAGCGAACAAGACACACCGGCUUCAGUAAUGCAUCUUUCGAUGCUGAUGUCUCGAGCAAGGACUGUGUUGCUAUAGGCUGGGGCCAUACCUCCCGCGUCUGGAAAGUAGAAUUUCUCGAUAGCAGAGGUAGUAUCAGCGUUAAACCUGACAAGAUAGUCCUCCUUUCUGCAGGCGAAGAUGCGACAUCCCGUACAUGGACACUUAUCACGAAUGUUGACAGCUCAACUUCGCCGAGCACGCCACCAUGGCAGCUUGAGCUUAUGGACACGGCACCCUAUCACAGCGGAAAGAACGUUUGGUCUAUUUCUAUCCCAAACGCUUCGUCAUCACAUCGAUCCGUCGCACUCGGGGGAGCCGAUAGCAAGAUCACAAAGUUUUCCCUCCGGACGAAGAAACAAUCCACCAAGCAGGCACAAUACGACAUCGAGUACUUUACAUCUACUCUAGCAUCACUUGAGGAGAGUACUGCAUUUCCAAGGAAAGCCGGCCACCGUUCUUCAAAACAAAUGGAGUUUCUAAGAAGCUAUGCGUUUGUGGACGCAUCUUCUUUCAUCCUGACAACCAACUCAGGUGGGAUUUUCCUUGAAACUUUGUCUCAGCAUGGUUCAAAGAUAGACCUGUCGCAAUUAAUCGCCAAGCCUGAAGAUUUGUGUGGAUACUCAGUGUGUGCCGGAGAGCCGUCACUUGGUCUAGCCUUUGUCGCUGGAGCGAAAGGGACCUUGUACGCAUACCACAAGGAAACAUCGCGACUGACACAGCUGCACACGUUUAAUGGCAAGAUCGGGGAGGUCUUCACAGGGACAUUCGCAGACUCGCUUCAGUCGAAGCGGAUAGUCUUGCUGGUUACUCUAGUUGGUCAAAAGGAUGCUCAGCUACUCCACGUGGAUUUUUCCGAGUGUAAAGAGCCCCAGUAUCUCUACGAAGAGUUGCCGGAGAGUGCUCGCCCAAGAGCAUCAAGUACGACCGUUGUUCCAAUUCCAGAUCACAUCACCGGGCUUGUCAUCACAAGUAUGGUGUACGUCGACACUUCCGUCGGAAGCUACGUCCUGCUCGGAUACCGACGUGGGUCAAUUGCCGCAUACCGCAUCGUAGAUCAGCGCGGAGAACACGCCGAUCAAAGCUCCGCGAAGCUACUUGGUAUCAUACACUCUGUUCACGGUAAGGAGACAGUUACCGCCAUGACCUGGGUUCCCCGGGGUACAGAUUCUCCCUCUGGACAUCUGGUCUCCACAGGACGAGACGGCUGUGUUGCGAUUCACCUCAUCGAAUUGGAGACCAUGUCCUAUCGAUUAGUCCAUAACAUCACGCUACCGGUCGGCCCAAACAUCGAAGGUCUCUACAUUCACAACAGUGAAUUGCACGUGUACGGAUUCUCACACAAGGAAUUCGUCGUAUACAACACCGCCACCGAGGAAGUCACGAUGAGUGUCGAAACGGGCGGCGCGCACAGGAGCUGGUCAUUCCAGCCCGAUGUCUCCAUGUACCGCGGCGGAGGCACCCUGGUGUGGACACGAGCAUCAAGCAUGCAUAUCCUCUCGCAAUCCGGGCCCGACCAUGACGUGAUCCGCUCCGGUGGUCAUGGUCGCGAGAUCAAAGCCGUCGCUGUUUCACCAGGCGUCGAGACCGACGGAAGCAAGCUACAGCUCAUAGCCACCGGCGCGGAAGACACCGACAUCAAGAUCUUCUCCUACACAGACAAGCACCUUACCUGCCUUCGGACCCUGCGCAAACACACGACCGGGAUCCAGAAUCUUCAGUGGUCCACUGACGGCUCAUAUCUUUUCAGCAGUGGGGGCUGCGAGGAGUUCUACGUCUGGAAGAUAAGCCGUCUUCCGUCCGAAAUGGGCGGCAUAGGCGUGGUGUGUGAAGCAAGCUGCCCACCAGAGAGCGAACACUCGGACCUACGCAUCAUGGCAUUCGAUGUUGCGCAGUAUACGGAAUCGCCAGCUGUUUUUUUCAUCAGCAUGGUGUUCUCGAACUCAGUAGUCAAGGUCUACGCGUACAUGCCAACGCAGCCAGAACGAUGGCACAAACUCGCCUCGGGCCUAUACUUUACCUCUUGUCUGACACAAUGCGCAUUUCUCCCCAUGGGUGAGCGCAAAAUGCCCCAAAGCAUCCUCACAGCCGGCACAGACGGACACGCGGUCCUCUGGGCAUUCUCUCCACCUCCCACCCAGGCGCCGGAGACACUUACAUACCGUUCGCCCACCACAAUCCACCAGUCCUCGACCAAAACCCUGGUCACACACGUCCUGCCCACUAGAAGCGACAAGACACUCAUCAUAAGCGGCGGCGACGACGGCACAGUCUCUUUCCUCCUCGCCCGCUGCACCUCAAUCAACGGCGUGGAGUGGGCCGGCAGUCCAGUCACAGUCGUCCGCACGCAUGCUUCGGCCGUGACGGCUUGCGCGGUGGUCUCGCACAAUGGACAGCUUCUGCUGAUUACGAGUGGAAACGAUCAGUGGGUCAGGAUGUGGGAGCUUGUUCUCUGUGUUGGAGAUGGAUGGGAGGAAGACAAGGAUUGGAUUGAGAUCAGACGCGCAGGAAAGGUGAAGACUCGUGUCGCGGAUGUGUCGAGCAUGGCUGUGGUGGGGGGUGAAGAUAUGGAAGGGGACGCUGCGAGGGUGCUGAUUUGCGGUGUGGGCAUGGAAGUCAUCAGGGUGGGGGGAAACACGCAGGUAGGCUUGGGAAAAGGCGAGCGUUCAUAGACGGACGCACAGAGCUUGGGUCCGAAGUACAAUCAUGGC